AUGGACUCCAAGACCAUUCUUCUUAGACUUUCUAAUGAUGGUGAACCCAUCAAUAACUCCGCAGUCCACAACGGAGUUCUCAUCCUUCCCCUGGUACCGUUACCUUCUAAUUAUCACCCAGGAGACCCUAUCUUUGUGUUAACUAUGGUAAUGAAUGCUGCUUCCAAAGUAUCGAGGAAAGGGGUUCUUUUCCUGAAUGUUACAGGUCCAGAUUUCAAAUUCGAUCGGUCUAAGUUUGGUCAAUUCCCCAUUGAGACUUCCUUCGACAAAGACAUUGUUAUCAAGGUCCCGAUCUAUGCUCCAGGGGUUUUCAGCUAUUAUAUUCAAUAUGAACAAGGUGAUACUACAGCUAAGACCAAGGAAUUCUACAUUAACGUGCCACCUAACUUGAGAGUUGGUAGCAAAUUUGUACCAUUCAAUUCCAUCAAUAUCCAGACAUUGGUUUCCAAAUGGUGUGGAGAUUUGGCCAAUUGGGAUGGCAUUUUCAAAGAAAUCAGUUAUAAGGGGUAUAAUAUGAUUCAUUUCACACCUCUUCAACAUCGUGGAGAAUCAGAUUCUCCUUAUUCCAUUUAUGAUCAAUUAUCCUUUGAUCCCAAAUUAUUUGGUGACACUGAUGCCAUGAGUUUCUUGAACGAUUUGUUGGAGAAACAUCAUUUGAUGUCGUUGACCGAUGUCGUAUGGAACCAUACUGCCAACAAUUCUUCAUGGAUUCGUCAGCAUCCUGAAGCAGGUUAUAAUCAAGAAACUGCACCAAAUUUAAGGUCUGCCAUAGAAUUAGACUCAGAGUUACUUAAAUUUUCCCGUAACUUGGCACAGCUUGGGUAUCCUACCACCCUUGAAACUCCUGAUGACUUAAAACGUAUCAUGGAAGGUAUUGAAACUCAUGUUCUUACACCUUUAAACUUAUGGCAAUUUUAUAUUUUCAAUAAGGCCGACAUUUUGGCAAAACUCCGCGACUUCCACCAAGCGCCGCACGACAUUUCGCCCAUUGCUAUUCCUGGAAAUGUUGAUGUUUCAAAUUUAAAACAAUUGGCUAAAUUCGUACUUGAUACUUGUAAUGUUCAUGAAACUGUUGUGUUGGAAGAUAGGUACACCAACACUUUGGAUAGUGGACGAUUUUUAGGAGUUCUAGCAUCAGUUUUCAAUGGAGAUUUAGGUGAUGUUGAAUUUACUGUCUUAGAUCAUAAAGCUUCCGCUAUUAUUGAUGAAAUCAAUCUCAAUUUGUAUAAGGAAUAUGAUCAAGAUGUUGAAACCAUCAAACUGCAACUUUCUUCCAGAAUUAACUACUUAAGAUUAGACCGCGGAGGUCCGCGGAUGGGUGAAGUAACUGAAAAAGUUCCUUUAACUGAACCUUAUUUCACUCGAUUCACUACAGAUGGUGUAGAAUAUUCUCUUGCUAAUAAUGGAUGGAUUUGGGGUGGAAACCCCUUAGUGGAUUUUGCAUCUUCUCAAUCUAAGGCUUAUCUUAGACGUGAAGUGAUCGUUUGGGGAGAUUGUAUCAAAUUAAGGUAUGGUAAAGGACCUGAAGAUUCACCUUAUUUAUGGGAAAGAAUGAUCAAAUAUACUGAAAUGUGUGCUAAGGCAUUUAAUGGGUUUAGAAUCGAUAAUUGUCAUUCUACUCCUUUACAUGUGGGAGAGAAACUUUUAGAUGCUGCCAGAAACGUCAACCCUGAUUUAUACGUCGUAGCAGAAUUAUUCAGUGGAUCAGAAGAAAUGGAUAAGAUCUUUGUGGAACGUCUUGGUAUCAACAGUUUAAUCCGUGAAGCUAUGCAAGCUUGGAAUGUUCAAGAAUUAUCACGAUUAGUCCACAAACAUGGUGGUAGACCUCUUGGAUCGUAUAAUUGGUUACCAUUAGAUGAAUAUGCAUAUCCUGCCACUAAAGAACCGGAAUCUAAAGAAUUGCCCAUACCUAAAGUUCUUACUAGUCAAGCACCUCAUGCAUUAUUCAUGGAUUGUACUCAUGAUAAUGAAACUCCUGCUCAACUUCGUACUGUGGAAGAUACUCUUCCUAAUGCUGCAUUAGUGGCAUUUUGUUCUUCGGCCAUUGGAAGUGUUUUUGGGUAUGAUGAGGGUUACCCUAAAUUACUCGAUGUGGUAGGAGAACAUCGUCAAUACACCUAUGGUGAAGGUAUCAGAGAAGUCAAAAGGAAACUUCAUCAUAUCAGAACCCUUCUCGCCGAAGAAAGUGAAGAUAUCUUAAGAGAUCAUGAAACUUAUAUUCAUCAUGAUGGACAGUAUAUUACCAUUCAACGGUAUAAUGCCCGUACAGCUAAAGGAUGGUUCCUUAUAGCUCGAUGUAAGUUCAAUGCUUAUGAACCUGAUCAAGUACUCGCUCCAUGUAUCCUUAGUGGAACCAAAGUCAAGAAGGAGUUCGCUUAUAGUUUGCAUAGAUCAGGUGAUUAUUAUGAUGAUCCAAAUAAUUUGAAUGCCAUCCCAACGGAAUUAAAGGAAUUGGAAAUGCCUGACGUAGAAUUUAUCGAUAAUGAGUCCAUCAUUAGAGUUCCUGAUCUGUUUGUACCAGGAUCCAUAGCUGUUUAUUCUACUGAAAUCCCUGGAGUUGAUAUUAAUCUUGAUAAUUUCGUUAAACAAGGAGCCAUUGAAGAAUCAAUUGAUCUUAAUCUUUACGAUUUGAACGCCUUGAUGUACCGAUGUGAAGCUGAAGAACGUGACUUUAGUGGAGGUUCUGACGGAGUUUAUACUGUUCCUGGUUAUGGUCCCCUUGUAUAUGCAGGAUUAGAAGGAUGGAAUUCGGUGUUAAAAGGGGUUAUUUGGGAAAAUGGAUUGGCUCAUGCUAUCAGUAAUCAUCUUAGAGAUGGAGAAUGGGCGUUGGAUUAUGUAAUCAAUCGUUUGGAAAAGUAUAAAUCCAAUGGACUUGAUAGAUUCAAAACCUGGUUGAAAUCUCGUAUUGAUGCCAUUAGAGUGGUUCCAUAUUUCCUUAGACCGAGAUUCUUUGCAUUGGUGAUAGGUACAGCUUAUCAAGCAUGUAGAUUCAGAAGUUUAAGGUUAUUAGGGACUCAGGUUCAAGGGUCGACCAAUUUCAUCCAAAGUCUCGCUUUAACUUCAGUACAAAUGACAGGUUUGAUGAAGAAUACUUCCCUUUUCCCUAAAGAACAAGUUCCUAGUAUGGCAGCAGGAUUACCUCAUUUCUCCAAUGAUUAUAUGAGAUGUUGGGGAAGAGAUGUGUUUAUCUCCUUCCGUGGACUUUUAAUCGUACCAGAACGGUACGAUGAUGCCAGAAAUCAUAUUCUUGGAUUCGCUAAGACGUUGAAACAUGGAUUGAUUCCUAACUUAUUAGAUGCUGGAAGAAACCCUCGUUAUAACGCUCGUGAUGCUGCGUGGUUUUUCCUUCAAGCCAUUCAAGAAUACGUCCAUUACGUCCCUAAUGGGGAGAAAAUCUUGGACGAUAAAGUCACCAGAAGAUUCCCCUUGGACGACCGUUAUAUCCCUCAUGAUGAUCCUGAAGCGUUCAGUUAUGAAAGUUCUAUUAGAGAAAUCAUCUAUGAGAUCUUAGCUCGCCAUGCUAGUGGUAUUAAGUACCGUGAAGCCAACGCUGGGCCUAACCUUGAUUCCCAAAUGAAAGAUGAAGGGUUCAACGUUGAAGUUAACGUUGACUGGUCUACAGGAUUGAUCUUUGGUGGUCAACAAUUCAAUUGUGGAACAUGGAUGGAUAAAAUGGGUGAGAGUGAACGAGCUGGUAAUAAGGGAUAUCCGGGUACUCCCAGGGAUGGAGCAGCUGUAGAAAUUCAAGGUUUAUUGAAAUCAGCUCUUAGAUUUGUUAAUGGUUUGAAAGAUUUUGGGUAUCAUGAAGUCACUAAGAACGACGGUACCACCAUCAGUCUUGUUGAUUGGGAGAAAUUAGUUCAAGAGAACUUCCACAAAUGUUUCUAUGUCCCUGAAUCAGCUGAAGACGAUGGUCAGUACGAUAUUGAUCCAAGUCUUGUUAACCAAAGAGGUAUUUAUAAAGAUCUUUAUCGUGCUGGUAAACCGUAUGAGGAUUAUCAAUUAAGACCAAACUUCGCCAUUGCCAUGACAGUAGCUCCCGAGUUGUUUGAUAAGUCUAAGGGGUUCUUGGCUUUAGAGAAAGCCGAUAAAAUCAUUCGUGGACCUAUUGGGAUGAGAACUUUAGACCCCAGUGAUUGGAAUUAUCGCCCAUACUACCAUAAUUCCGUCGAUAGUGAUGAUUUUGCUACUUCCAAAGGUAGAAACUACCACCAAGGACCUGAAUGGUGCUGGUGUAUGGGAUAUUUCCUUAGAGCUUUUGCUAAGUUCUACUGCUGGGAUAAAGAUUGUGGCCAGAGUAUUGAGUUAUUGACGGAAUUGAACGAUAAGAUCCAGUACCAUAUUCAAUGGAUUAAGGACAGUCCGUGGGCGGGGCUCACGGAGUUGACUAAUAAGGAUGGAGAGUUGUGUGGAGAUAGUAGUCCUACACAAGCAUGGUCAGGGUCAUGUUUAUUAGAUUUAUACUUUGAUUUGUGGACCGAGAAGGCGUGA